UUAAGCAGGCAACCCUAACUAAGUAUGAUUUGGUGCAAACUUCCAACUCCUCAAUUUUAUUCUAAUAAAUUGUUUUCAAAUAAAUAACUUGAAGUAUUACGCUAUAUCAAAAAUAUACAUAGUAAGUCUGUUUAAUGCGGGGAAAAAUUUAAAAUAACCUAUAAUUUAUUCGAUAUUUGUUCAAAUUAUCUGGAGUAAGCCCAUGAGGAAAACAUCGAAAAUAUGAUGGACGGAAAUGAUUUAUCUUCUGAAAUUACAAGAAAAGGAAUAUUGUCUCAAGGUUGGACACGAAUAUCGCAGGUUUAUCAGAGUACAUUAGACAGAUGGACCCCUCACGCAAAGACACGGUGGGUUGGAAGUGCCUUGGUCAUGGCUGCAUUUAUUAUCCGCAUAAUUACUAAACAAGGAUGGUAUAUUGUCACAUAUGCGUUGGGUAUUUACCAUUUAAACUUGUUCAUUGCAUUCUUAACGCCGAAAAUUGAUCCUGCUAUGGAUUUAGAUGAUGAUGAAAACGGACCUGCAUUACCUACCAGAGCUAGUGAAGAAUUUAGACCAUUCAUUAGACGAUUACCAGAAUUCAAGUUUUGGCUGUCCGUUACCAAAAGCACUUUAAUAGCUUUCUGCUGUACUUUUGUGGAUGCUUUCAAUAUUCCAGUAUUUUGGCCUAUUCUAGUUAUGUAUUUCAUAACAUUAUUUUGUAUUACUAUGAAGAGACAAAUCAAGCAUAUGAUCAAAUACAGAUAUCUGCCAUUUACACACAACAAACCAAAGUAUAGAAAUGCAGAUUCUACAGUAACAGUGAACUGACGACAUAUAAGCAAAUGCAGGUAACUGCAAGCUCUGGGUGGAAAGUUAGUUAAAUUAAUCAAGAUACUGUUGUAUGCUAUAUUUAAAAAAUACAGUUUUUAUUAUAAUGUUCCUGCAUAUUUUA